UUCUGGUCAUCAUGGUAAACCUGGGGGUCCUAGUUGUUGUUACUCUCUUCUGGGAGACCAUCAAUGCGGCCACUCUUGGGGUGGUGUACACCGAAGGGGGCAUGGUGGAGGGGACGAACAUCCGUCUCGGCUUUCGCCGCCACAUGGACGUUUUCAAGGGCAUUCCCUUCGCCGACAUCCCCGGCAGGUUCGAGAAACCCAAACGUCACCCGGGCUGGGACGGUAUUUUGAAAGCCACUGAAUUCAGAAAAAGAUGUCUUCAGGUGAACCUCUUAAUGACCUCCACCCGCGGCAGCGAGGACUGCCUUUAUCUUAACAUCUGGGUUCCUCAUGGCCGUUCAGUAUCUGCUGAUCUCCCCGUCAUGGUCUGGAUCUUUGGAGGAGGCUUCCUGGCUGGAGGCUCUAUGGGAGCCAACUUCCUGAGCAACUAUCUGUACAGCGGACAGGAGAUCGCAGACAGGGGGGACGUUAUCGUGGUGACUCUGGGAUACCGUGUUGGUACCCUGGGCUUCCUGAGCACCGGAGACGCCAGCUUACCUGGAAACUACGGAUUGUGGGAUCAGCAUACCGCCAUUGCCUGGGUGCACAGGAACAUCCGUUCUUUCGGAGGAGACCCCGACAACAUCACCGUCUUUGGAGAGUCCGCUGGUGGAGCUAGCGUCAGCUUUCAGACUCUCACCCCCCACAACAAAGGACUGUUCAAGAGAGCCAUCUCCCAGAGUGGGGUUGCCCUCUGCCCUUGGGCUGUAAACAGGAAUCCUCGCAGGUUCGCAGAGGAGGUGGCUAUAAAGCUGAACUGCCCCACUGACGACAGAAUGGUGGCAUGUUUGAAAAUGACUGAUCCUGCGAGCCUCACUUUGGCUGGCAGCCUCAGUCUCUCUGGCUCACCUGAUAACCCCAUUGUGUACAAACUGGCCUUGGCUGCUACGAUCGAUGGAGACUUCCUUCCGGAUGAGCCCAGUAAGCUGUUCCACAAUGCAGCCAACGUUGACUACAUUGCUGGUAUCAAUAACAUGGAUGGACAUCUCUUCACCGGCUUAGAUGUCCCCUCCAUCAAUAGUCCACUGGUGGACACCGCUGUUGAGGAUAUGAGGAGGCUCCUGGGUUCGUACACAAAGGAAAAAGGGAAAGCCGGUUUGGAUAAUGCUUUCACCACAUACACCUCAACCUGGGGUACAAAUCCCAGCCAGCAGACCAUUAAAAAGACCAUUGUGGAGAUUGGUACAGACUACAUCUUCCUGGUUCCUACACAGGCCGCCCUCUAUCUUCAUGCUGCCAAUGCCACAUCUACCCGUACCUACUCAUACCUGUUCUCUCAGCCCAACCGUAUGGCUGGCCUGGGGAGGCCUUACCCGAGCUGGGUAGGAGCCGACCACGCUGAUGACCUGCAGUACGUGUUUGGAAAGCCCUUCACCACCCCGCUGGCAUACUGGCCCCGCCAUCGGGACGUCUCAAGAUACAUGAUUGCCUAUUGGACCAACUUUGCCAAAACAGGAGACCCCAACAAAGGAGGACUGAAAGUGCCCGCUACUUGGCCUCCAUUCACCACUACCGGACACAAGUUUGUUGAGAUCAAUUCCAAUACGGACAGCAACUCUAUCAGGCAGAAAAUGAGGAUGCGCUACGUCCAUUUCUGGACCAGCGUCCUGCCCAGCCUCCCCGGCAACAACGCCCUUUAAACACAAAGCCGCUUGUGAGUCCCCUGCACAUGUACCUACCGCAAGACACUGUUAUCAUGUACAAAGUGGUUUAAUAAAAUAAAAAAUACAAAUAAACAAACUAGUGGCACAUUCACAAUCAAAUGUGUUGUGUCGU